UCUGGGACAGGCUGUUCAUACUUGCAAGGAUCAAUAUCAAAUUACACUUAAACCUCUUAGGCAACUGAUCUCCAUCGUUAACUUCACCCAUCAAUAAAUUAAUUAAUAAGGGUAAUAUAGUCAUUUCAUCCAUCAACACUCCAUUCGACCCCUCACCGGAGCCAAAACUCUCUCUCUUUCUCUCUCUCUCUCUCUCUCCUCCUUUUCUUCUCUGGUUUUCGAAAAUCAACAAGGGCAGAUCUAUCAGAUUUUAACCAAAGAACCCUAUUUUCCCACUUACUCCUUCUUUAUCUCUCGAUCGGUUCGAGUCGAGAGCUUAUACGAUGGGCGAUUUUAAUCUCGCUCUCGUGAUUGUCGCUAUAGUUGUGUGCGUUAUUGUAUUUCUUUUCAAUGUCUACCUCCUCGUCAAUUUCCAGCACCCAGAUGAUGCCAACCAGGCGUACUUUCCCAAAAUCGUUGUGGUUUUGGGGCUGUCAAUCGCUGCAAUUUCCAUCCUGAUGUUACCAGCUGACGUAGCGAAUCGGCAGGCUUGUAGGCAUGCGAUAUACAAUGGCGCUUGUAAUCUCACCUUGCCAAUGAAAGAUCUGUGGCUCGCUGUCUACAUAGUUGACGCUGUGCUUGUUUUCUUCAUUAUUCCCUUCGCUAUGUUUUACUACGAAGGCGACCAGGACAAGAGCGUGGGAAAGAGAAUAAAGAGCGCCUUGUUGUGGGUGGUGACGACGGCAAUUGUUUGCGCGCUUGUCCUUGGCAUUUUAUAUGGUCUAAUUGGGAAGGUGGACUUUACUGUUAGGCACCUCUCUUCAGCCACAACUUCCUUUCCUACUACUUGGGAGUUUUCUAGUACUCGACCAUGUAUUAGCAGUGGUAGUGGCCAGUGCUCUGCCUUUGCUGCUUCUCCUUCAUCAGAGAAAACAUGGACAAUGCGCACUACUUUUCCUGAAUAUGUUGUUGCUCUUGCUACUAUUGUUGGAUCCGUGCUUUUCUCAAUUUUUGGUGGUGUUGGUAUUGCUUGCCUGCCACUCGGACUUAUAUUUUCAUUUAUCAGGCGUCCAAAAGCUGUUAUAACUCGUUCCCAAUAUAUUAAGGAAGCAACUGAGUUGGGGAAAAAAGCUAGAGAAUUGAAGAAAGCAGCUGAUGCUCUUCAUCAGGAAGAAAGAGGUGGUGCUAAGGGCAGAAAAUGGCGCAAAAAUGUGAAAUCAGUGGAAAAGGAGUUGCUUCAGUUGGAGGAAGAUGUAAAACUUUUAGAAGAGAUGUACCCUCAAGGAGAAAAGGCAGAGACUGCCUGGGCUUUGACUGUUCUUGGGUAUUUGGCAAAGCUUGUUCUGGGAAUCUUAGGGUUGAUUGUUUCAGUGGCUUGGGUUGCUCAUAUUAUCAUUUAUCUAUUGGUUGAUCCUCCUCUUUCUCCUUUGUUGAAUGAGGUUUUCAUCAAGCUGGAUGAUGUCUGGGGUCUUCUGGGUACUGCAGCAUUUGCUUUUUUCUGCUUCUACCUUCUACUUGCAGUCAUAGCUGGGGCGAUGAUGCUUGGGCUCAGAUUAGUUUUCAUUACAAUUCAUCCAAUGAAGUGGGGAGCCACUCUAAUGAACUCUUUUCUUUUCAAUGUGGGACUUAUUCUCCUAUGCUCCAUCAGUGUAAUUCAGUUUUGUGCCACUGCAUUCGGGUACUAUGCUCAAGCAACUGCUGCACAGGAAAUAUUUGGCCACACAUUGCAGUCUCUUCGUGGAAUAAGAUAUUUGUACAAGUAUAAUGUCUUCCAAAUUGCAUUUGUUGUUCUCGCGGGAUUGACCUUUGUGUAUUAUGCUGCCUUUGGAUGGAGGAGAAAACCCAGUGGCAGGUUCCAACUUUCCACUUAAAUUGAUAAAUUUUCCAGGAGUGCAUGCAUCACCUUAGAGCUGUUGGGAAUCUGACUUCUAUCUUCUCUUUGAAACUGUGUGCUCGGAAGCGGAUGUCCUGUUAUUGUUACUUUGGAGUUUUAGAGGCAGGCAGACUCAUCUAUAUAAACCUUGGCUUCCUGUAGUAUUAGCAUGGUGACUGCUGCCACACUGUGAUGGUGUCUACUUGUUUCUCGCUGCUGUAUGUAUUAUUCUUUGUUUGAUUAAUAUUAUACCUUCGGUUUUAGCAUGUAAUUGAGAUAUUUUCAGCAUACGUGGGAACUGGGUCCGCAGAACUGACCUUGAUGUAACCUAUCCAUAUGAGAACAAAAAUUUUAUGUGCAGCCAUUUCACUUUUGCUUUUGUGCA